CGUUGAAUAGUCACAAUCAUCCACUCCACCGUUGCGUCGUCUUCACCCGCCACAGCAAACCAGUUGAGCGGCCGGCAGAGGCGCAUCACCCUCUAGCAGUCGCACCGCAACGGAACAUGGCCCAGAACGCUGAAGAUCGAGAAGUCGAAGAGCUGAUCGAACAGCUGAGCAGCAGCCCACAGAAAUCGCCGAUGCAGACCCCGCAAGAAAUCAGCGACUCCUCCAAACCGCGCCAGCGCUCGCCGGUAAAGGAGCUGCACGGAUUGCUCAGCAAGCCAGGUAACAAAUCUCGUCCCUACAAGGGUCGACUUGUCAAGGACAGGAGGUCGAGAACUGGAGUGAGAGGAGGGCCUAAAAAAGGUGGAGCUGGUGGUAAAGGUACAUGGGGUAAACUGACGGAUGCAUAUGGUGGUGAUGAUGCAGUUGUAACCAAAGAUGAACAUGACCCCAAUUACAACUCGGAAGAGGACAACUACGUAGUCAAGACUGUUCAACCAGAAAUGACCGAAGAACAGUUUCAGAAUUUCUUUGAAGUACUAAUAAAGGAAUACUUUGAUCAUGGUGAUGCUGAGGAAGUGGCUAUUUCAUUAUCAGAGCUCAACUUGGGUUCACUUGAAAGCAAAAUUCCUCAGAUUGCUGUUACCAUGGCAUUAGAGAGGAAGGCAGAUCAGCGUGAGCUGACUUCCAGACUUAUUUCUGAUCUCUAUGGUGAAAUUAUUUCAGCCCCUAGCAUGGGGAAAGGAUUUCAUAAGUUACUAGAGAAUCUUGAAGAUUUGUGUUUGGAUACUCCUGAUGCAGCAGAGGUUCUUGGUUGUUUUAUUGCACGUGCUAUUGCCGACGACUGCUUACCUCCUGCUUAUGUCUCUAACCAUAACAGUGGCUCUGAUAAAACAAAGAUCGCUCUAAGUCGUGCUAAAGUUUUACUGAAAAUGAAACACGGUAUGGUACGCUUGGAUGCAGUUUGGGGUUGCGGUGGUGGCAGACGACCAGUAAAGGUGCUGAUAAACAAGAUGAAUCUGUUGCUGCAAGAGUAUCUUUCAUCAGAUGAUGUUCAAGAGGCAGAGCGUUGCCUGCUUGAUCUUGAAGUUCCACAUUUUCAUCAUGAGUUAGUGUUUGAAGCCGUCGUAAUGGCACUGGAAGACGGCUCUGAUCGCUGCUCUGAGAGGAUGGUAAAAUUACUAAAAUACCUAUCAGACAGCAACAUCCUCAACCCAGAUCAAAUGAAAAAUGGUUAUCUGAGAGUGUUUGAUACUAUGGCUGAUAUCAGCAUUGAUGUUCCGAAUGCACAUGUUGUGUUGGAAAAAUUUGUGUCUCGUUGCUUUGAUGCUGGCUUCAUGUCUAGAGCUGUAAAGGAGAAAGUUUCUGCCAGAGGAAGAAAGAGGUUUGUCAGUGAGGGUGACUCUCUGUCUGGACCCAAGGAGCCCGUGCUGAAGAUAGGUAGCGUAUCAUAGGCAGUUUUUGCUGCCUGGAACUUGGGAACUAAUUGAACACUGAAUUAUAUGUUGCUGCCAAACACGAGCUUGCGUUGUCAUAGAUGAUGAGUUGACAUUGUAAAGCUGGAAGGCUUUCAACCUAUUGUAGUGAACACGACAUUGUAUUCAGAAA